GUCCCUGGUUCCUGAUUACAAAAACACAAUAGACGUUCGGUCGGGUGAAAAUAUUUGUGCAAAAAGUGUUAGUUUACGUUACACGUAUGUGUGAGUAAAACUAUAAAUAUGGAUCCCAACCGGAUAAUACAGGCGCUGAAAGGGACCAUCGACCCCAAUCUGAGGAUAGCGGCAGAAAAUGAGCUCAAUCAGUCCUACAAGAUUAUCAACUUUGCUCCCACCCUUCUUCAAAUUGUUGUGACAGAGCUGGUGGAAUUUCCUGUACGCCAAGCAGCGGCCAUCUACUUGAAGAACAUGGUGGGUCAGUAUUGGCAAGACAGGGAGCCAUCUGUUGGUGAGAUUGUCUUUCCCUUCAACAUUCAUGAGAAUGACCGGCAGCAGAUCAGAGAUCACAUAGUGGAAGCCAUCAUCCGUUGUCCAGAAUCUAUACGUGCCCAGUUGACUAUGUGUCUGAGAGCCAUCAUCAAGCAUGAUUUCCCUGGGCGCUGGACAGCCAUCGUAGACAAGCUUGGCUUGUAUUUACAGUCUCAACACAGUGGGAGCUGGUAUGGAAGCCUGCUUGCUCUCUAUCAGCUGGUUAAAACAUACGAGUACAGGAAAGCAGACGAGAGGGAGCCGAUGCUGGCAGCGAUGCAUAUUUUCCUACCGAGAAUUCAACAGCUCAUCAGUCAGCUCCUAGUUGAUGUCACCAUCUUCUCUGUCCUCAUUCAGAAACAAAUCCUAAAAAUUUUUUACGCGUUUGUACAGUAUUCACUGCCUCUCCAGCUGAUCAACAACAAGGUGAUGACACAGUGGAUGGAAAUCCUGCGAUCAAUAAUGGACCGUGACGUUCCCGCUGUUUUGCUGAAGGUUGUGGACCAGCAUCGACAGAAGCAGUAUGUUACACCACGAGUCUUGCAACAGUGUCUCAAUUACUGCAACCAGGGAGUGUCCCACUCGUUGACCUGGAAGCAGCUGAAGCCACAUAUGCAGACCAUUUGCCAAGAGGUUAUUUUCCCUCUUAUGUGCUACAAAGAUGAAGAUGAGAGGCUAUGGCAGGAAGAUCCCUACGAAUACAUCCGCAUGAAGUUCAACCUGUAUGAUGACCACACCCUCCCUGCAACUGCUGCUCAGAGCCUGUUGUGCAAAGCUGCUUGCAAGAGGAAAGAGGUUCUUCCUCAGAUGAUGGAGUUGUGCCAUCAGAUCUUGAUGGAACCCUCUGCUGACCCUCGUAGGAAGGAUGGAGCAUUGCACUGCAUUGGCGCUUUGGCUGAGCUCCUGUUGAAGAAGCGGGUGUACAGGGAGCAGAUGGAGUUGAUGCUUCAGAACUAUGUCUUCCCAUUGCUUAACUCUACCAUGAGUUAUUUACGAGCAAGGGAGGACAGAGAUCGGUACCGGGGAAGCCACCGCACCACGGUUUCAGAGUCCGCCUCGCCUGGCUACUCGGGAUGGACGUCGGGGGAGGACGAAGAGAUCGAGGAGGAGUUUGGUUUUGUUCCGGUCCCUCGACUCACCCGUCGUCGCCGGGGAGGGGUCGGCGCUCUCCACAUCCCCAGAGGGGUCGGUGCUCUCCACAUCCCCAGAGGGGUCGGCGCUCUCCACUUCCACAGAGGAUUCGCCUCCAUGGUCGUCCAAGUCGCACGCUGCAGUUCUCCAGAGCCCCAAGUUCUCUACGCCGUCUACGCUGCCAGACGCGGCCUCUACGCCGCCAGACGCGGCCUCUACGCCGCCAGACGCGGCCUCUACGCCGUCUACACCGCCAGACGCGCCAAGCUGUACAUCCGUCCGUACAUUCAUCAGGUGAUGCAUGAGUUUCUGCAUGUGAUCAAAGAGACUGAGAACGACGACCUGACCAAUGUCAUUCAGAAAAUGAUUUGCGAGUACAACCAGGAGAUGGCCACCGUUGCUGUGGACAUGACACAGAACCUGGCUGAGAUCUUCAUAAGGGUUCUUCAAAGCGAGGAGUAUGAAGAGAAUGAGGAUAAGACUGUCAUGGCUCUUGGCAUCCUCAGCACCAUAGACACUAUCCUUACUGUCAUGGAGGACCAUAAAGAGAUCACUCUGCAACUGGAGGGGAUCUGUUUACAGGUGAUCGGCUUGGUGUUGCAGAAGCCCAUCAUAGAGUUCUACGAGGAGAUCCUGUCUCUGGCUUUCGGCCUCACCUGUCAAACCAUCUCCCCUCAGAUGUGGCAGCUCCUGGGUAUCCUGUAUGAGGUCUUCCAGCAUGACUGUUUUGACUACUUCACAGACAUGAUGCCACUAUUGCACAACUAUGUUACCGUGGAUACAGACAUGCUCCUGUCCAUUCCAAAGCACUUAGAGGUCAUCUAUAACAUGUGCAAAAAGGUGCUGACUGUAGAUGCAGGUGACGAUGCAAAGUGUCACGCAGCAAAACUGUUGGAAGUGAUCGUCCUGCAGUGUAGAGGCAGAGGUAUCGACCAGUGCAUCCCCCUGUUUGUGGAGGCCGUGCUGGAAUGUUUGUUGCGAGGGGUGAAAUCCAGUGAACUGAGAACAAUGUGUCUGCAGGUGGUCAUUGCAGCUCUCUACUACAAUCCAGCUCUGCUUAUUCAAACCCUGGACAACAUGCACUUCCCACACAAUCCACAACCCAUUACUGCCCUCUUCAUCAACCAGUGGAUCAACGACACAGAAUUAUUCCUUGGACUCCAUGACCGUAAGAUGUGCAUCAUUGGCCUGAGUGUGUUAAUGGAGCUACCUAGUCGGCCAGCAGCUUUAGAAAGAGUAGCUGCUCAGAUUAUUCCUUCUCUCCUGCUCCUUUUCCUGGGUCUUAAACACCUUUAUGCCUCACGUCUCAUCAACAAACCAAACCCACUGGCCCACACAGGAGUUCAGGAUGAAGACCAGAAUGGUGAGAAACAUCUGCAGUGUUUGAAGAUGAUAGAAGCAAAAAUUAGACAAGGCAGAAAAACAAACUACAGUUGUAGUUGUUUUACAGCAUCAGAAGUUUAA